AUGGCCAAUUCUUCGGGCAGUUUCACCGUGAAAGAAAUCGAUCGCGCCAAGAACAACCACGUCUACCUCAUUUGCCUUGCUCAAACAACCACGGAACUGCUGCUGUCAAAGGACUCAUUCCACAAGCCUUUCACUUCUGCGAUUCCAGCCAAUACCUCUCGGUUGGUAUUGAGAGUUCCAAAAAGCAACGUCAGCUUAGAGAACUCGGUGCGGGUACGCAAUGAAGUCGCAUUCCUUGCUCUGGCCCGCCAUGCACUUUCGUCUCUUGACGCCUCACUCUGCCCACGGAUAUUUGACUGGGAAGAUAUGAACUCGAACAAUCUCGGCUCCGGCUCUAGGCUUGGCUGGAUUCUUGAGGAAUGGAAAGCCGGGCGGGUGUUGGAACAGGGACAUGUCGAGGGACUGGACAACGAAACGCAACAGUAUGUACUUGAUCAGAUUUCACAAGUCACCAAGUUGCUCUAUGAAUACUACUGCCCUCCAGAGAAUGCCACAGGCUUUGGAGGUCUCACAUUUGAUGAGCAUGGCAACAUGUCAAACACGGCGACCACGAUACCCUGA